AUGAACCACGAACGAUACCAAGAACGCCUAGACCUCGUAAAGAGCGUCAUCCACAACUACGGCCUUGAACCCGUCGACAUCACCCCCAUAGACUACGAUGAAACAGCCCCCUUUGCCUACAACAACUACAUCUACAAAAUCACCCUCUCCGCGCCCCUAACCCCAUCCUCCGUCCCCCAUGACCGCCGCCGGCCCUACACUCAGCCUCCUCCCGGGCAGGGUACUUCUACCGUAGUAAUGCGUAUCGCGAACCCGAAAGCAGAAGGCGUCGUCCAAGACAACCGCGUCGAGAACGAGGUCGCGGCGAUUCACCUCGCACGCGAGGGUUUGGGUUCGUAUAGGCCCGAGAUUGCGGAGCUCGUACCGGCGUUGUAUGAUUGGCGGCCCUAUCGGCCUUCCGAGAACGCGGAGACGGAGGCGGUGGUGGGGAUUGGGGCGGGAGGCAGCAGCAGCAGCUACGGGUGGAGUCUGAUGGAGUUCAAGGAGGGCGUGCCGCUUGAUACCGUCUUUCGGGACAUGGAUGACGGGGAGAAGAGUGAUGUGCUGGGGCAGAUUGCAGAUCUGGUUACGGGGAUUCAGAGGGUUUCUUUGCCGGAGAGUGUGAGGUCUCAUGGGGGCCUGUCGAUUGAUGAGGAGGGGAGGAUUGUGGGUGGUGCGAUGACGACGGUGAAGGGCGGGCCUUGGAAGCGGUAUAGCGAUUUCUGGAAGGCGAGGCUGGCAAUUCGGCUGGGAGAUGCGGAUGCGAGUCCUGCGCUGGAGGGGUGGAGGCCGAAUGGUGUCCGGGAGCGUGUUGAUAGGUUUCUGGAGUCUGGGUUAGAGAGAUAUCUCGAUGGGUCUGGUGUUGAUGUUGGGAAGUUGGCUCUCAUUCAUGGGGAUCUGACUACGAACAACACCCUCUACGACCCAACUACCAAGAAACUCACAUCCAUCCUCGACUUCGAUUUUGCCUUCGUCUCCCAUCCCUGCCACGAAUUCUUCACGUCGCUGGGCGACGUCGGCGGCAACACGGGCGGCGGCACGGGGCGGGACCCGGAUCUCAGCGGGGGUUUGCUAGGCAAGGCGAUGUUGACGGGCGACUUUGAC